CUGCUACUGCAAGAAAUAUCCAAGUUAAAAAAAAAUGGCUCAUGGUUUCCUCCUCAUAUUCUUAUUCUCUUUCAUUAUAUCUACAACAAAUAUUCAUGCAAGCAACCAAAAUGAACGCAUCUCUCUCAUGGCCUUCGCCCGCACCCUAUCUUCCCCUCCCAUAAAUUGGAGUAGUUAUGUUGAUUGUUGUCUUUGGAACGGCAUCACUUGUAAUCAAGAGGGUUGGGUCACUCAUUUACUCUUACCCUCCAAAGGGCUCAAAGGAGGUAUGUUUGUCUCAUCACUUGCAAAUCUCACACAUCUCACCCACUUGAACCUUUCCCACAAUUCACUUUAUGGCACACUUGAAACCAAAUUCUUCUCGUCCUUGAAUCACCUCAAGAUCCUUGAUUUGAGCUAUAACCUUCUUUCGGGAGAGAUACCAUUUUCUCUACCACCCAAAAAUAUUCAGACAAUAGAUUUGUCGAGCAAUCACUUCCAUGGUGCAAUUCCCUCUUCUUUUUUCCAACAAGCUUGGAAUAUGACAAGUUUCAAUGUCAGCAACAACACCUUCUUUGGGUAUAUCCCUUCAUCUAUUUGUUUUCGAUCCUCUCCUUCCAUAAGAGUAUUGGAUUUUUCCUCCAAUGAAUUUAGUGGCAACAUUUCUCAUGGGCUCGGGAGGUGUUCCAAACUGCAGAUACUUCGUGCCGGUCACAAUAAUUUGUUAGGAUCACUUCCGGAAGACAUCUAUAACGCUACCAAACUUGAGGAACUUGCAUUACCUCUCAAUUCACUAAAUGGAGCCAUUUGUGAAAGAAUUGCCAACCUUGCCAACCUCACAAUUCUUGACUUCUACCUUAACAAUUUGAGUGGUGUGCUCCCUAUCAAUUUCGGGAAGCUCUCCAAGUUGAAAUUCAUGAAUUUUAACUUCAACAGCUUAGAGGGUAAUUUGCCUUCAUCUUUGAUGAACUGCACGAACCUCCUAGAAAUACAUUUGGGAUUCAACAACUUGGAAGGAGACCUCACCACACCUAAUUUCUCAAAACUCAGCCACCUUAGUAAACUUGACCUAUGUGCGAAUAAUUUCACUGGUAUCUUGCCGAUAAGCCUUUACUCAUGCAGGUCCCUAAAAGCAAUUCGAUUGAGUCACAAUCAUUAUUUAGAAGGACAAAUACAACCUCAGAUUCUUUCAUUGGAAUCCUUGUCCUUCCUCUCGCUUGUUAAUUUACGGUUGACCAAUGCUUCAGGGGCAAUGAAGAUAUUAAUGCGUUGCAAAAAUCUUCGCACACUCCUCAUUGGUGGUUCAUUUAACCGUGAGGCAAUGCCAGCUGAUGAUGACAUGGUUAAUUUCCAUGGAUUCCAGAAUCUUCGUUUGUUGAAUUUGGAAAGGUGUGGGCUCACUGGUCAGUUACCUGGUUGGUUCUCAAACCUAAAGAAUCUAGAGAUAUUGGAUUUGGGUGAUAAUCAAAUCACAGGGUCAAUUCCAAGUUGGUUGGGGACUCUUCCGAAACUCUUGUACUUGCAAAUGCAUUCCAACCAAAUUUCAGGUGAAUUUCCAAAACAACUUUGUAGAUUGCCAAUGUUGAUGGUGAAUGCAUCUCUAGUAGACAAUUAUGAACUUGAACUUCCCAUCUUCAGCCGCCGAAAACCAUAUCCAGCAUUUUUUCCGCAUAAAUUGUCUUACAUUCCAGGAACAAUAGACCUAUCAAACAAUAGCAUUAGUGGUAGUAUACCUACUGAGAUCGGCCAAUUGCAGCUUAUUCGUAUGCUGAAUCUUGGCAACAACAACUUUUCUGGCAACAUACCAGACCAAAUAUCCAACCUAGGCUAUUUAGAGGUUUUGGGUCUCUCCAAGAAUCAUUUGUCAGGGAAAAUUCCCUCGUCAAUGACAAGCCUUAAUUUCUUGAGCGAAUUAGAUGUCUCAUACAAUAAUCUCGAAGGACAAAUACCAACGGGCACGCAGCUCCAGAGCUUCAAUGCUUCUACAUUUGAGGGGAACCUUCAACUUUGUGGCGCUCCACUUCCAAAUGAGUGCAGAGACGUUGAUGCGGAUAAUAAAAGUAACAUCGACCAAGAUGCGGACAAUGAACGUGAUGAGCUUCCAGGGAUUUAUAUUUUUGCAGCCCUAGGUUUCAUUGUCGGAUUUUGGGGAGUUUGCGGUUCUCUAGUUCUUAACAAGACAUGGAGGUACGCGUAUUUUCAGUUCUUUGAUAAUGUACAAGAUUCGCUAUAUGUGAAGAUGGCAGUGUGCAUGGCAAGGAUGAAAAGAAGGAUUAGGGACUAGAUUGUACUUAUCAUUAUGUAUUUUCAAUUUAAAUAAAACAAUUUCAAUACACAAAAUUUACCCACUCGCUGACACACUCUUUAUAGAGGUGGGUCCUACCAUUGUAUGUGGAAUGCACCUAUAUUAAAGAGUGUUAAUUUUGUGUAUUCAAAUAGUAUGACUUUUUCUGUUCUUGUUUGUUUGUUUUCUCAUGAUGUAAGAUUUGUUCUAAUAUAUAUGAUCGUAUAAUAAAACUAUUCGGACACAGAA